CGCGAAGCGCGAGCAGAGACGUAGCGCGGCUCGUAGCGCGGCGUGCCCCGCGACACAGCGACCCAGUGCGCGUGCCAUGUGAAGCAGUGUGCUGAACAGUGAGUGCCGAGUGAGAGAGAGGUCAUGUCCUUCGUGGUGCUCGCGGCCGCGAUGGUCGCCGUGUUGGUGGCGGUGCCGGCGCCCGUGCGCCCCGCGCCGCCGGACAGCUUCCUCAAGAUGUUCCCCGCCAUCUCGACGACGCCGCCCGACCCGUGCUACGACGAGGCGCAGACGCAGACGCCCAAGCGCUGCAUGCCCGACUUCGUGAACGCGGCCUUCGGCAAGGCGGUGGAGGCGUCGUCCACGUGCGGCACCGCCGGCCCGGCGCGCUUCUGCGACAACACCCCCGACGGGCCGGGGGCCGCCACGGCCGGCACCAGCGCCAACAACCCGCUCUGCCACAUCUGCGACGACACCAACCCCAAGCGCCGCUACCCGGCCUCCUUCCUGACCGACCUCAACAACCUGUCCAACGUGACGUGCUGGCGCUCCGAGCCGCAGCCGCCGCCCGCGUCCAGCGCCGCGCCGCCGGACAACGUGAGCCUCACGCUCAGCCUGGGCAAGAAGUACGAGCUGACGUACGUGAGCCUGCAGUUCUGCCCGCGCGCCGUCAAGCCCGACUCGCUGGCCAUCUACAAGUCCAUGGACUACGGCAAGACGUGGCAGCCGUGGCACUUCUACUCGUCGCAGUGCCGCCGCGUGUACGGCCGGCCCAACCGCGCCACCAUCACGCGCGCCAACGAGCAGGAGGCCCUCUGCACGGACGGCAGCUCCAUGGCGUCCCGGAUCGCCUUCAGCACGCUCGAGGGCCGGCCCUCCGCCGCCGAGUUCGACUACUCGCCCGUCCUGCAGGACUGGGUCACCGCCACCGACGUGAAGGUCGUCUUCAACCGCCUCUACUUCCCCAAAGACGACGCGGACGACUCGCUGUACGCCGAGCCGCAGCCGCAGACCCCGGCCAAGAAGGAGGCCGCAGUCGGCGGCGCGCCGCCCAGCAAGGCCAAGGUGCUGUCCACCUUCUACGGCACGGCCGGCCUGGGCCAGCAGGGCCUGGGCAUGCUGGCCGGCCACGCCGCGCCCACGGCGCCGGCCUUCAGCGAGGAGGAGGACGACGAGGACGACGAGGACAACAACGCGCAGCGCGACCAGCCGCAGGCCAUGGAGCCGUCGCUCAAGUUCAAGCCGGAGCUGGACAACUCGCUGGGCACCACGGCCACCACCAGCAUCAGCAUGUCGCACUACGCCGUCAGCGACUUCGCCGUCGGCGGGCGCUGCAAGUGCAACGGGCACGCGUCGCGCUGCUCGGCCAGCGGCGGCCAGCUGAGCUGCGACUGCAGGCACAACACGGCGGGCAGGGAGUGCGAGCGCUGCAAGCCCUUCCACUUCGACCGGCCCUGGGCGCGCGCCACCGCCAAGGACGCCAACGAGUGCAAAGACAUCCUCAAGGGAGUUAACCUUGAGGGCUUCCUAACAAAAGUGUUAGGAAUGACCGAUAUGCGCCUCGAUGUAACAUCGAUGGUGGCCAGCGGGGGCCACGUCGAGUGGUGCGAGGUACCAAGUAUCAAGUACCAAGCAUGGUGCCCAGUACCAAGCACCUUGCUCCAAGUACCAAGUACCAUGUACCAAGAACCAUGUACCAAGUACCAUGUUCCAAGUACCAAGUACCCGGUACCAAAUGUCAAGUAA